AUGCUAUUUUUCAGUACUUCCCAAGAUAAUAAGAGAGCAAACUACUUUGCUGUAAUGAGGAAAUAUCUACAGAAGAAGGAAAAUCGUGAUGAUACCAAGGCUCUACUCGAUUUGUCUCAAAAUAUUAAACUUAAACCAAUUACGAUAUUAUCAAAUUCCAAAUUAGAAUAUAAUAUGUCAUUGGUCGAUACUAUCGCUGAAUUCUUAUCGGAAACUGUAAAAUAUCUCUCGACAAAGAAAGUGCCAAAUGAAAAAUCAUCAAUAAAAACAUAUUUAAUGGAAAUAUUAAAAAGAUCUCAAUCAUCGCGAAAUAAUGUCAUUGUUGCCUCAUUCUAUUUCCAAAAGCUAUACAACUCAGUCCAAUUGAACCAAGAUCCUAACCCUGAAUUUGUACAUUGUUCGAAAAGAAUAUUCUUAUCUUGUUUGAUUCUGUCACAUAAAUUUCUCAACGACAAGACUUUUUCGAUGAAAGCAUGGUCUCUAAUCAGUGGGAUAUCAAAAAGAGACCUCUCGAUUCUUGAAAGGUGGUGUUUAAUGAGAUUAAAUUAUCAUCUCGUUGUCGACGUAACAGAAAUUAAUAAAUGGAGUUUUACAAAUUUAAAAAAAUGGGACAACAAAAAAAUGGUAAGUAAUUAUUCGAUACUCUAUAAUUCUUCAAAGGUGAAUAAAAAUAUAUGCUAA